AUGCAGACGUCUGUUGUUCUGUUGCUGUUGCUGGCAGCCGCUUCACACACGGUGGCAAAGGCCAAAAACCGUUUCACUCGCUAUCCAUCAUGGAACAAUAAGAUGUACCCAAUAUGGAAGGAUGGAGACCCACGAUACAAAGACUCCUGGAAAGGUGGAAGAGUGACUUUCAAUGUAGGGAAUGAUUCACCAACUCUGACCGGAGCCAAAGUUACCUUUACAAUUGAUUUGGAGUUCCCACACAACCAAAAGGUGCAGCCUAAUGGAGAAGUUGUUUGGGCUGAAGACUGCAUACUCAAUGGAACAAAAUACCGUGAGUCUGAGCCAGUAUACCCAACUCAGAACACAGACUGGGAAGCUGUUUUUCCUGAUGGAACACCAGUUCAGAAGGACAAGAAGCCGGGCUAUGUGUUUGUCUGGAAGACCUGGGGUCAGUACUGGCAGGUGGCAGACGACUCCUCCUCCUCCCUGACCAUCAGUACAGAUGACAUCCCACUGGGUUCCUACACCAUGGACAUCGUUAUCUACCACUACCGUAGCAAGGAGAAGUUCAUUCCUCUGGGAUAUGCCUCUACUCAGUUCUCCAUCACUGAUCAAAUCCCCUUCGCCGUCUCCCUGGACCAAGUGAACGACAUCAUGGCUGGGGACAUGCGCUUCGUCCAGAACAGGGCAAUCGCCUUCUCCAUCACCCUCCAUGACCCCAGCGAGUACCUCAGCAACGCAGACAUCACCUUCAACUGGGACUUUGGGGAUGAAAGUGGAGCCCUCAUAUCCAGAGAGUUGACUGUCACUCACACUUACGUCAACUCUGGCUCAUUCAAGCCUCAGGUGGUGAUCCAGGCGGUCAUCCCAGAUAAGGCCUGUGACCCACCAUCUGAUACCCCAACCAAGGCCCCAGGGCCACCUGCUGAUCAGGGCACCACAGUGAAAGCUGCUGCAUUGGCGUCUGCUUUCCCCUUACUGGUUUCCACCAAGGCAACUGCUGCUUUGAAUGUCAACAUGGUUCCUUCGGACACAGAGGAGGACAACACUGAGGACGAGGCCUCCACUGCCUCUACCAAUCAGCCGGCCCAGGAAGCAACCAGAGUGGCCAAGACUCCCUCCCUCAACAACAAUGACCUGCCAGCUGACAGUGAGGCACGGAGCAGACUUGUGGCAGGUGCAAAGAAAACAGUGACACUGACAGGCCAAGCUACAGUGGUUGUAGUUGCUAAGAGGGCUGCUGAAGAUAAACCCUCAGAUGACGACUGUGUGAUAUAUCGUUAUGGCUCCUUCUGCACUGGCAUUGAAGUGUUUGAGGGCAUUGAAAAAGUAGAGAUAGUACAAAUGGAAAAUGCUGUGAUGGCAACACCUGAAAUAAACAAAAAUGUUUUGGAUAUAACUGUUACCUGCCAGGGAAGCCUUCCAAAAGAGGUGUGCAGUGUGAUUCUGGAUGCAGAGUGCUUGAAGCCGAUUCACACGAUGUGCAACAUGGUGGAGCCCUCCAAAGAGUGCCAGCUGGUGUUGCGUCACUUCUUCAAUGACUCUGGGGUCUACUGCAUCAAUGUGUCCAUGGCCAACGACGUCAGUUUAGCUGCCACCAGUACCAAAGUUAAUGUCGACAUCGGUUCAGGUCUGUCUUCUCCUGGCACAAUUGCCAUGGUGUUGGGUGUCCUGGUACUCGUUGUAGCAGCAGGAAUAGUGGCAUAUUCAUACAAGCGCUUUAAAUCCUACCAUCCUCUGAAGGAAGACAUGGUUGUGUCUGCAGGCCCGCAUCCCAGCCGGCCUCACACCUGCUCUGGAGCCUCAAUGUUUUGGAGUCUUCUGAACAGAAGGGGAACUGUGGACAACUGUCCUCUGCUGCAGGACAGGCCGGUGUGAACCAUCACCAGCCUUGCACAACCAAAUACAAAACCAAGCAACUUCUGAUUUGUUAUAGGCACCUGGGAUGUCUUUUUAUACUUUUUUU